CCGUUUCCCGGGAUUGCUGCGGGAGUGGGAGGCUGCUGGUCGGGAAGAGAGGACCAGGCUGCCGGAGCGGAGAGAACCGGCGGAGUUUGUUCGUUUCUUUUUCUGAAUUUAAGCAGAGACAGACAUUUGUAUUUUUAUAAACCAUCUCACGACUUCCAGGAGCUUCCUCUCACAGACGGAGCAGAACCUUUAGAGCGCUGACAUGGAGGACGGGAAGCCGGUAUGGGCACCCCACCCGACAGACGGGUUCCAGCUGGGAACCAUCGUGGACAUCGGUGCCAACAGCCUCACCAUUGAGCCACUCCGACAGAAAGGAAAGACAUUUUUGGCUCCCGUCAACCAAGUGUUUCCUGCCGAGGAUGAUGUCAACAAACAUGUAGAAGACAACUGUUCUCUCAUGUACCUGAAUGAAGCCACGCUGCUCAACAACGUUCGGGUCAGAUACAGCAAAGACAAAAUUUAUACGUACGUGGCCAACAUCCUGAUCGCAGUCAACCCGUACGACGACAUCCCAAAGCUUUACUCGACAGAGACCAUCAAGCAGUACCGGGGCCGCUCGCUGGGAACGCUGCCGCCGCACGUCUACGCCAUCGCUGACAAGGCGUACCGGGACAUGAAGGUUCUGAAGAUGAGUCAGUCCAUCAUCGUCUCCGGGGAGUCCGGCGCCGGCAAGACCGAAAACACCAAGUUCGUUCUGAGAUAUUUAACAACGUCUUAUGGGACAGGACAGGACAUCGACGAGAGAAUCGUGGAAGCGAACCCCCUGCUGGAGGCUUUUGGAAACGCCAAAACUGUCCGGAACAACAACAGCAGUCGCUUCGGGAAGUUUGUGGAAAUUCACUUCAAUGAAAAGAACGCCGUGGUGGGCGGCUUCGUGUCCCACUACCUGCUGGAGAAGUCCAGAAUCUGCAGACAAAGCCCUGAGGAGAGGAACUACCACAUCUUCUACCGCCUGUGUGCUGGAGCGCCCGAAGACAUCAGGCAGAAGUUCCACCUCGGUUCUCCAGACAUCUUCAGGUACCUGAACAGAGGCUGCACUCGGUUCUUCGCCACCAAAGACACAGAUAAACAGAUCCUGCAGAACCGCAAGAGUCCAGAGCACACCAAGUCCGGCCCGUUGAAGGACCCGCUGCUGGACGACCACGGUGACUUCAACAGGAUGUGCGUGGCCAUGAAGAAGAUCGGCUUGGACGACACAGAGAAGCUGGACCUGUUCAGGGUGGUGGCCGGCGUGCUGCACCUGGGAAACAUCGGCUUCGAGGAGGCUGGAAGCACCUCAGGUGGCUGCACCAUCCGGAACCAGUCGGGUCAGACCCUGGAGCACUGCGCCGAGCUGCUGCGCCUGGACCAGGAUGACCUGAGAGUCAGCCUCACCACACGGGUCAUGGUGACGUCAGCAGGGGGCGUUAAAGGAACAGCCAUCAAAGUCCCCCUGAAGGUGGAGCAGGCCAACAACGCGCGGGACGCCUUGGCGAAGGCUAUUUACAGCCGGCUGUUCGACCACGUGGUCACCAGAGUCAACCAGUGCUUCCCCUUCGACUCGUCCGCCAACUUCAUUGGUGUCCUGGACAUCGCCGGCUUCGAGUACUUUGAACACAACAGCUUCGAGCAGUUCUGCAUCAACUACUGCAACGAGAAGCUGCAGCAGUUCUUCAACGAGCGCAUCCUGAAGGAGGAGCAGGAGCUGUACCAGAGAGAGGGCCUGGGAGUCAACGAGGUCCACUACGUCGACAACCAGGACUGCAUAGACCUGGUGGAGGCCAAGCUGGUGGGGAUCCUGGACAUCCUGGACGAGGAGAACCGACUGCCUCAGCCCAGCGACCAGCACUUUACUGACGCCGUGCACAACAAACACAAGGAGCACUUCCGCCUGACGGUCCCCAGGAAGUCCAAGCUGACGGUCCACAGGAACGUGAGAGACGAUGAAGGCUUCAUCAUCCGACACUUCGCAGGAGCCGUGUGCUACGAGACGACCAAGUUUGUGGAGAAGAACAACGACGCUCUGCACAUGUCUCUGGAGUGUCUGGUCAGCGAGUCCAAAGACCGAUUUGUCCGCGAGCUCUUCGAGAACAACAACAACAAAGACUUGAAGCAGAAGGCCGGGAAGCUGAGCUUCAUCAGCGUCGGCAACAAGUUCAAGACGCAGCUGAACCUUCUCCUGGAGAAGCUCCGCAGCACGGGCUCCAGCUUCAUCCGCUGCAUCAAGCCCAACCUGAAGAUGGUCGGCCAGCGGUUCGAAGGCGCUCAGAUCCUGUCCCAGCUGCAGUGCUCUGGUAUGGUUUCAGUUCUGGACUUGAUGCAGGGCGGGUUCCCCUCCAGAGCUCCUUUCCAUGAGCUCUACAACAUGUACCAGAAGUUCAUGCCUCCCAAACUGACCCGGCUCGACCCGCGCCUCUUCUGCAAGGCUCUGUUCAAAGCUCUGGGUUUGAACGAGAACGACUACAAGUUUGGUCUGACCAAAGUGUUUUUCCGUCCUGGAAAGAAUCGACGGGCUCGUCAGGGUCCGGAACCUGAAGAAGAGGAUGAUCCGCUUCAACGAGGUGGUGGCCGGCCUGAAGGAGGGCCAGCAGGAGAUGAGCAAGCAGGUCCAGGAGCUGGAGAACUCCAUCGAAGCGUUGAUGGUUAAAAUCAAGGGCACCAUCAUGACCCGCAUCGACAUCGACCACGAGUACCAGGCCCUGGUGAGCCGGUCCGAAAAGCUCCUGACCAGCCUGCAGAACAAGAAGAAGGAGGAGGAGGAGCGCGAGCGUCUGCGGCGCAUCCAGGAGGAGAUGGAGAGGGAGAGGAAGAGGAGGGAGGAAGAGGAGAGACGGCGCAAGCAGGAGGAGGAGGAUCGGAGACU